AUGCUCACUCCGCUCCUGGUAUUAAUUCCUAAAAGGGAAAUUGCCCGCCCAAACAUUUUAUAUAUUAGUAAUGGUACUGAUAUUUUGAGGGACCCGGAAAAUCAAUGGACAGUAGUGCAUAUCACGUGA